ACCGAAGUCGAGGCCGGCCCAUCGCGCUGUUAGAGUGAAGGAAUAGUGAGUGCACCUGUGUUCAAGCAAAUGUGCCUGCACUGUAAUAUGUCCUGCGCAGCUGGCUGAUCUCCUUUAGAAAAUGAUGUAGCUGAUAUAUUCAUAAGUACUUAGUAUUCAAGUCACGAGAAGAGUAAAUCAAGAUGGUACCCCGUCCCGCGCCACAGUCGUCUACUCCCCCUCUGAUCCCCGAGUUCUUCGCGGGGAGGGAGGUAUUCAUCACUGGAGCUACUGGCUUUAUGGGAAAGGUCCUGGUAGAGAGACUGCUCUGGACAUGUCGCGACAUCUCCCGGCUGCACUUACUGCUGCGAGAGAAGAAGGAUGUCGCACCAGAGAAGAGACUCUCCCAGUUGAAGCAGUCACAGGUGUUCGACGUGAUCCGUCAACACUGCCCGAAACAACUGGACAAGCUGAGCAUGCUCGCUGGUGACGUCACAAAGCGCCGGUUCGGACUUGACCAUCACGCCAUCAGCCAAUUGAACCAGGUGUCAGUGGUGUUCCACUCGGCAGCCACGCUGAAGUUCGACGAGCCGCUGCCGGUGGCUUUGCAGCAGAACGUUCACUCUGUCGUCACUCUUAUGGAUAUAUGUGAUCAGCUGCCUAAUAUGCAGGUGUUAGUCCACGUAUCAACAGCCUACAGCAACGCAGAACUGACCAGCGUGGAGGAGCGCGUCUACCCGGCGCCCGCGCAACUGCAGCAGCUCAGCGCGCUGGUAGAAGCCUUACCUGCUGGUCUACUGGCUGAAAUCACACCACAGUUGAUAUCCCCAAAACCGAACACUUACACAUUCACAAAAGCGAUGGCGGAGAGCGUGGUGGCCGAGCGAGCUAACACUGCCAACUAUGCCGUCGCCAUCUUUAGGCCUACUAUAGUAAUAUCCUCCCUCCGCCACCCAUUCCCUGGCUGGAUAGAAAACCUGAACGGUCCGUCAGGCGUAGUGGUGGGAGCCGGCAAGGGUUUGCUGCACGUGCUGAGCUGCGGCGCCGUGCGGCGUGCUGACAUGAUGCCGGUGGAUAUUGCUAUCGAUACCCUCAUAGCUGUGGCUUGGGAGGCGGCUAACGAUCAGCCAGGCUAUGCUCGCGUGUACAACUGCAGCUCGUGCAUGGACGGCACGUCGUGGGGGCAGUUCCGAGCGCGCAUGAUGCGCUGUGUGCGCGAGCAUCCCUUCGACAGCGUGCUGUGGUACCCCUUCGGCGUGCUUAGUGAGAACACGCUGAUGCAACGGUUUCUGGAGACGACACUGCAAACUGUGCCACUGUACUUCGUUCACUACAUCUCUAAGCUGUGCGGGAUCAAGUCUAGACCAAGCCUGACAACAGUAAGCAAACGCCUGCACGCGAUGAACGAGGCGUUAAAGUUCUUCGCAUUACGAGAGUGGCACUUCAAUACCGACAACGUGCAACAACUGAUGCACAGGCUGGCACCUGCUGAUGCCGCUGUGUAUAACCUCGACCCGGGGACUAUUGAUUGGGAGUCUCACUGCGAGGACUUCGUGAAGGGCACGCGCAAGUACCUGCUGCGGGAGAAGGACCAGGACAUCGAGGCUGCCAGGAGACGCAUGCAUGUCCUACACAUGAUCCACAGUUUAACAAAAAUACUCCUAACUCUACUGAUGGCUCGACUCGCGUACCGUUCCACUCCCGCCAUCUUGCGGGCAGUAGCGGUACUAACAAGGUUGAGACGACGCGGCGCCACCGUCGCUCUUAGCGCGUGAAACUAAUUUAUUUUAUGGUGAAAAGAGUAUUUUAAAAAGUUGAGAGAUUUUUAAUUUAUAAAGUAGAAUAAAAUAAAAUGUACACGUUUUAUAGUUGUAUAAAGAAGAUGCGAAGAAUGUAUUUAUCAUCGGCAAGGAUAUUGAGCCCUGACUUUCACCUGCGCAGAAGUGAUUUAUUGGUUUAUUGCCUUAAGUGUACAGUGCACAAAGCGAUCCCCACUCUUCCGCUGAGAGCUCAUGAUCCGUGCCGAUAACUAUUGUUGAGGUAUAAAUUGUCAAGGUUUAGUUAAGUUUUUUUGUGAUGAAUAAUAUUAAAAUGUUUUGAUCACAAUUCCAUUUUGAUCCAUGCUAAAACAAUAUAAACGUAUUUUAUAUACUUAUACAUAGCUAACUGGAAGCAUUAUAUUUUGUCAUACAAAAAAUAAUCUUACGGCUUUAAUUUAAUAUGGGUUUAAGAUAUAAUUAUAAUAUUUAUAAAUGAAAUGUAUAAAAUAAUACAUAAAUGGUGCUUCAUUAGAGUAAUCUUAAUAGCGGAAGACAGAACUUGGUUAAUUUAGUAGGUAAGUUUAACUAAAUGUUAAAAAGAUACAUUUUUCCCUCGGUAUAUUUUAAGGAAAAUUGAAGCUUGUAUUUGUUGUAUUAAUAGCAAUAAGUUAUUAAAAUAAGAUAAUAAC